AUGAUUGCUAGUAAAGAAUUAAUCACGGUUCAUGGACUCGGUGCUGCAAUCCCUUCUGCGAUCUCUCUUGUUCUCUCCCUUAAGGCGACAAUGAACGAACAAAUUGUAUACCAAGUAAAAACGAACACGGUCAAGUUAAUCGAUGACGUUAUUCCCCUGGAUGACAAUGAAGAUUAUGAAACACAAACUCGGCAGAACAGUGCAAUCCAUAUCGACAUACGAUUAAGCCCAGACAUACGCAAGCAGAUUCUCGGUCGUGGCUAG